CAUGGCUCAGGCUCCUUCCAAGGUAGAAGACGGUGCUACCAUGAGCGCUGCACCAUCCAAAUCAAUAAGCCCCAAAGAUUUGAUAUCCACGCUCCCAACAAGUAGUGAUGACUGGUGCUCGGGGCCGCUCGUUCUGUACAAGAACUACUGGCUGAGGUCCACGGUGCUGGAGCGGAUCCUGCUGGCCCAGGCCACCAUGAAGCCCCGGGAUGACGACAUCAUCCUUGCCACACAGCCCAAAAGCGGCACCACCUGGCUCAAGGCCCUCGCCUUCGCCAUCACCAACCGAAGCCGGUACGGCUUCGGCGACCACCCCCUCCUCACCCACCACCCUCACCAGCUCGUGCUGAGCAUCGAGUUCCACGGCCCGGGCGGGGACCAUACCGACCUCAAUGCACUUGCGUCUCCUCGGCUUCUCUCCACGCACAUUCCCAUGUCGCUGCUCCCGCCGGGGAUGAGCCCAUCCAGCGGCCGUCGCGUCGUGUACCUCUGCCGAGACCCCAAGGACACGUUCGUGUCUCGGUGGCAGUGGCACUUCGACAACAAGAUCUUCCACGGUUCCACCAUGGAGCUGGACAAAGCCUACGACUUGUUCUGCCGGGGGCUCUCGCCUUACGGGCCUUUCUGGGAGCACUACCUGGAGUACUGGAAGGCAAGCUUGGUGACGCCGGACAAGGUCCUUUUCUUGAAGUACGAAGAGAUCAAGGAAGACUCGGUGAGAGUCGUGCAAAAGCUUGCAGCGUUCCUCCGUGUCCCUUUCAGCCAGGAGGAGGAAAGCUCUGGUGUCCCGGAAGAGGUGGCGAGGCUCUGCAGCUUUGAGACAGUGACGAGCCUACAGGUUAACCAGGUAAGUGUUGUCAAUGAUCACGGAGAUCACAGGUUUCCUGCUAAUUCAGCCUUCUUUAGAAAAGGACAAGUUGGGGACUGGGCGAACCACAUGAGCCGAGAGAUGGGGGAAAACAUGGAUCAGAUCACCAAAGACAGGCUCAAGGGAUCUGGACUCGCCUUCUGAUUUGCAUUUCUAUUUUCUUAUCUGCACACCUCUGUUUCGUACUCAUAGUCUCAUACACAUUUCGGACUAAAGAAGUUUCUUUAAACGGUGUUGUCUUUUGUAAAAAAAAAAGGUGAGUGGCUCGACAUGCCAUGAGCAUCUUGAAAGUCUGUGAAUAAAAAAGAUAAGACUUUGUCUGAGUA